CCCCGCUACGCGACUGCGAACACCGCGCCGCGUCCGCGUCAUUGAACAACAAGACUCGCUCGAUGGCAGGCGUUUUCCUGCCAAUAUGAAAAGAGUUAAGCAACUCUAUCACAAAAUACGCGAUAGUGGAAUUUCUAUGUUAUUCUUAUUUUACAAAUAAUUUAUUUUUAUAGUGUUGUUGCAUUGGAAAACAUAUUUUUAUUUAUUAGUGAAUAAAACCUAGAUAAUUAUUGUAAAUACGCUUUACUGGUGUUGUAUUCGCCGUACAGUGCUCUGUGAUUGUUUUGUUUAAAUAUUCUAAGCUUCGGGAAAAUAGCAAAAAACAGUGAUAGUGUGGAUUAACUAUCCAGCCCCGCAAUAUCGAGUGAUCAACCAGUUUCUAGUGUCUCGAUUGAGGUGUCAUCGGAUUCAUUGACACAAGCAUCACUAACUGUCAUCAAUAGGUGGAAAACCUACAAAAAUUGUGGACGACACUGAUUCAAAUAUGUGUUGUGAUUUGCAGAUGCUCUCGGUUCAAGUGCCGGGGUGCGCGGGCAUGGAGCGGCUGGGCGCGCCGGGGGGACCGCGCCUACGGCACGAUCACAGACAUCACCAUUCCACAUUGGAAUGGGAGAAGCAGCAAAGACUGCAAGCGAUGGUGGGACGGAUCCAGGAGAUGGUGGAACAAGAAACGCGCGCGCGGUCCGCCGCCGCGGCAGAGAGGCUCGGCCUGCCGCCCAGCAUACAGCUGCCCGACGGCGAGUACGGACAAGACGCGCAUUUACAGUUACGAGUCCCUUAUCAGCAAGCCGAGCUGACGAGAAGCAGCUUCCAGCCGCCGCCGAACAAGUGCGUGAGCGACGUGCCGGAGUGGGCGGGCGACGGCGCGGGCGCGGCGCGGCGCGCGGGCAAGAAGGACGGGCUGCUGCAGAAGGCGACGCGCUGGUGGGGGCGCAUGGGCGCGCGGCCGGGCGCGGGCGGCGCGGGCCCGCCGCCCUGCGUCAUGGUGCCGCGCCGCCCGCGCGCGCCGCCCGACGCCUGACGCCGCCGCCCGCACCAUAUCACGCUUACAUUCCAUUGUCGGGCCGCGAGCGCUCGGCCGGAGUAUUGUAGCCUCGCCGCCCGCCGCCCGCCGCCGCCGCCGCCGCCGCCGCCGCCGGACGCGCCGCCGCGAGUGCGAUGUGACGCGCGGAACCAAGACUGAGUAAUUAGCGCCGAGUCGGAGUCGAGGUAACGUUGUCUUAGGUAAAAUUAAUUCAAAUAGAAACAAUUAAAGUAUAUAAUAUUUAAUGAAACUUUCGAUUGUAACCUUCGAUGAUGUUGUAUAUUGUGAGAGGUCGGACGCGAGCGCCGGUCUCGCGGUGUACGGUUUCAUGUUUAUGUGACCCGUUUUGAACUUUAUUUCUACCCGGCAGCUCCGAAUCUGUGUUUAAACAACUUUUAUAUUUGUUUACGAUUAUAAUAUGUAUGUGAAAGAAUGCAUAUCAGUACGGUGAAAGCGAGGAAUAUUAAUUUACAGAGCAUAGUGCUAUUUUAUUGUAAAUAUUAGAUUAAUGAUGGCCGAAUGCCAGAAUCCGAGGGUCUUUUCGAUUGAGUGUUUACUACAUUCCAUAUUUAUGUUGAAAUAUUCUCAGUUCUGAUUACUGUACACGCUGCUUUCCGCCCGCAAUAGUAGUCUUUCUCGUUCGCGCCUCAACUCACUUGUGUGUUCUCCGGUGUAUUGUCGUCGACAAUAAACAGCAACUAGUGAAUGAUAUUAAAAUGCAAUUAUAUAGAAAUCUCAUUAGGGAAUAGACAUUGUUUAAAUUUUAAAAUAUUGGUUGACUUAGUUUUAAAUUAAGCAAGUAUUUAUUGUAAUUUAUGUUAGCAUACAUAUUCUGCAUUACUUAAUUAAUAAUAAUUUUACAGUAAGUUAUAAAAUCCUAAUAAAAUAGUUAAAAAUGCAGAAUAUGUGUGAUCCAAAAAACGUUGAAGGAUUAUUUAAAUUGUCAUUACUAGCCGCUUCUGGGCAUAAAUAAACGUAACAUGCCUUGAACAUACAAAUAAAUAUAAAAAUAUAAUUUCCCUGUAAUAAAUAAUAAAUGUAUAUAAUAAAUGUAUGUGCAAGGUAUUUGUUGCCGAAAAUGAAUAAAUGCAAGGUUGUCUGCAUAUCUAAAAUGCAUCGCAUGUCAAUGAGUCGAUGGAGCGCAGGCAGCCUUGGCCGCGCGGCCAUUCAUGCUCAAUAGGACUGAACUACGCCAUUCAUUGUUUAUUAUCAAUAUUAUUUUGUCUACAAAGUGUCAUAAAGCUGUAAAAAUGUAUGAUUUUGUGUUUAUUUUUAUGUGUCAUGUGUCCCAUUUAAUUUCGAAGCUACGCUAUCCUGUAUCAUAAUUCUCGUGUCAAAUUCAAAUUGAGUUGUGGUUAAUGUGUCCGUAAUAGUGUCUAAUAAUUAUUGUCUGCCUCUUUUAUGAGACAAUGAUGUAGAAAAAGCAGUUCUUGUACAAAAUGCUAAUAAAAAUAUAAAAGUUGUUUAAAGUAGUAUCACAGAAUAGAUUUAUAAUCUAGAAUCAAACAAUAUUCCAUUUGUCAUAUAAAUAAGUAAACGCAGAAGCAAAUGAUUAAUAAUAAAAAAAACUGCAUUAAAUUAUGACCUACCAAUAAUGAA